UGCCUUCCAUAUCGGUAUAUUACUCGAAAAGCGCUCUAGAAGUGUUGCUUGAUCGUUGCUUUUCGAGACGUUGGAUGUUAAGUAUGUCAUUGCUGUCGCCCAACAUAACAGUUCGCCAUAGACGUCCAACAGUUCAGGAAGUUGUCCGAGAUUUCGAUGCAUUUAACAAAACCGUGGAUGAAGUUAGUGAGGAGAAGCGAGCUACUGGUGGAUUCCUUGCAAGUUUAUCAUUCCUCAUCAUCGCAGCGCUGGUCUUUGGUGAGUUGCAGAAUUAUUUUUACGGUGACGAAGGACAUUAUUAUAGAUUCUCAGUGGACACAGCUUUCAGUGAGCAUCCUGAGUUGGAAGUGGAUAUGAUAGUUGCAACUCCUUGUACAAAUUUGAUGGCACACCUUACGGGUACCGCGUCACACGAAUUCAAUUCUAUGAAUGGAUUCAAGUAUGAUCCAACGCGUUUCGAAUUUACGGAGAAAGAAGCGAUGUAUUGGAAUGAACUGAAAAAAGUACAGCAUCGUACUAAAGAAGGAACGACCUUGUUCAAGAGUCUUGAUGAAAUGACUUUUGUCAGCGGACGAGUGGAGGAGGGUUUGAAAACUGAAGCAGAAACAAAGCAACGUGAAGAAGCGCAUGCGAUACAGUUGCAAAGGAAGAAGAACCCAAAGCAAUCCUUGGACGGUGGGACAUUGAUAUUAAUUGGAAAUGGAUUUAAUGUAUUUCAUGUUGUUGCAAGUAAUUCCGAAAAGAAUGAAGGCACCGCUUGCCGUAUACAUGGUCGUAUGCGUGUUAAUAAGGUCAAAGGUGAUAGUUUUAUUAUUAGCACUGGUAAAGGCCUGGACGUUGAUGGCAUUUUUGCUCAUUUUGGCGGAGUUUCUAGCCCUAGUAAUAUUUCGCACCGAAUUGAACGAUUCAAUUUCGGCCCCAGAAUAUACGGUCUUGUGACUCCUUUAGCGGGGAUAGAACAGAUUUCUGAAACAGGUGUAGAUGAAUUUCGUUAUUUUUUAAAAAUUGUACCUACGAGAAUAUAUCAUAGUGGCCUUUUUGGUGGAUCUACACUUACCUAUCAAUAUUCUGUGACAUUCAUGAAAAAAACGCCCAAAAAAGAUGUACAUAAGCAUACAGCUAUCAUUAUCCAUUAUGAAUUUGCAGCAACAGUCAUUGAAGUUAGGCAUGUUCAGUCCUCAUUGCUGCAAAUGCUCGUACGUUUAUGUUCUGCAGUUGGCGGAGUUUUUGCGACAAGCAUUUUGUUGAAUAGCAUAUGUAUACGUGUUUCAACUGUUUGGACAAGUACGUCGAAAAGAGUAAAGAAAAUCUGGUUGAUCAAUUCGCAGUUAGAGAUUGAGUCACCCGGUGUUUUUGUUGACACUUAAUCAAUGGAAAAAUGAGAACGUGAUUGUUUAGG